CUUUUUAUUUGCUGUGUAUUUUUGCGGCAAAAAGCAACCGAAGUUCUUGUAGAUAGAUCUCGAUCGAGGGAAAUAGCCUCCGGCGAGGUCUCAGUUGAAUUCUGGAAGCAGGUUAGAUUUUGUUCUCCCUUUCCGGAUCUGCUGGAGAAUAUCGUUUGACGGUGAUAGAGUUUGCGAUUGUGGGAAGUAGACGGAUAGUCGUUUGAUCCGGUGGGAAUGGCUUUCCUUGGAACGCAGCAGAAGUGCAAGGUCUGCGAGAAGACCGUAUACCUUAUGGAUCAGUUGAUGGCGGAUGGCGUGACCUACCACAAGUCCUGCUUCAAGUGCAAUCACUGCAAAGGAACCCUGAAGCUCAGUAAUUACUCAUCCAUGGAAGGUGUUCUAUAUUGCAAACCUCAUUUUGAACAACUCUUUAGAGAGGCAGGCAACUUUAACAAGAAUUUUCAGUCACCUGCAAAAUCCUCAGAGAAGUUAACUCCAGAGUUUACGAGAUCCCCUAGCAAAGCUGCUGGCAUGUUCUCAGGAACACAAGAAAAGUGUGCCAUUUGUUCAAAGACAGUAUAUCCCCUUGAAAAGGUGUCCGUUGAAGGAUUGGCAUACCACAAAUCCUGCUUCAGAUGCUCCCAUGGAGGCUGCUCCAUUUCUCCUUCAAACUAUGCAGCUCUAGAAGGCAUUCUGUACUGCAAACACCAUUUCUCUCAGCUUUUCAAGGAGAAGGGAAGCUAUAACCAUCUCAUUAAGUGCGCCUCAGUGAAGCGCACAUCAACGUCAGUUCCUGAUAGCUAAUCUGCCUCUGCACGAAUCUCCUUUUUAUGUUCUCGUCUCCUGCAUGCCUGCCUGCCUUUUCAAUGAUAUAAUUUGUAAACUUGCUUUAAUUUGCAUUCGUAUUGCGUGAGUUUCAAACCUAAUGUGUUAUUGUAAUUUUGUGGCUUUUUUUAUAUGUUUAUUUACAAAUCGGCUUUGCAAAUACAGCGAGCAAAUUUGUCAGAAAACGGGUUGCUUAAAAAAUGGAGUUCAUUUGCUUGUGGCUA